AUGAUACCGAGCCUCAGAGUUCGGGCAGCUGCCGCUUUGGCCAUCGCCGUGGGCUAUCAGCAUGCCCUCGCCCAAGACACAUCGCCAUCCGGCGCCACAAUGGACGGAAUAGCCUGGGACUGCAGCGGUUGGCACACCGUCGUCUCUGGCGACACAUGCUAUUCCAUUGAGCAGCAGUACGGCAUCACAGAGGCCGAAUUUCUUGCGUGGAACCCGGCCGUGUCUAGCGACUGCGGUACCAACUUCUGGCCCGACUACUCAUACUGCGUCAGGGUCGGAGCUCCGGGCCCGACAAUGGAAGGCAUCGCAAGCAACUGUGAUGCCUGGCACACCGUCGUAUCAGGAGACUCGUGCUACAACAUAGAGCAGGAGUACAGCGUUACGGCUGAUCAGUUCUUCGAGUGGAAUCCUGCUGUAUCGACUGACUGCGCCACCAACUUCUGGCCAGACUACAGCUACUGUGUCGGCAUCAACGAAAACCAAGGCUCCACGACCAUCAGUGCCUCCUCGGCAACUGUCACUUCGACUGCCGCUAUUACAAGCAGCACAAGGACGAGCGUGAACACCACAACGACUCCGUACUCGACACGCUAUCCCGUCACUUCGUUCAAUCUCACGGCGCCGUACACAGCUACGGCCCUGCCUCCACAGCGGACUCUGUCUGGUCAACCGAGUUACUGCAAUACAUGGCACAUGGUAGCGGGAGGCCAGACGUGUGAGGAUGUUGUCAACUACUACAGCAACAGACUGACGCUCGAGCAACUCCUCGAGUACAAUCCUACUAUUGGACAAGAUUGCAGCGGCUUGUAUACAGGCUGGUACAUCUGCGUCGGCAUCCAGUCCCAAACCUCUUCGAGGAUAGAGUGGUACACGUCUCAGACCAACUUCACCGCGCCGGCGUCUACACCCUAUCCUGGCUAUGUAGCCACUGCUGUUGCCAACUACACCGCAUCUCCGCAGCAGACGGGCAUCCCCAGCAGCUGCCAAAACUACUACCAGGCCCAGGCAGACGAUACUUGCACGACCGUUCUCGAUGUAUACGACUACAUCACGGAGGAGCAAUUCUUUAGCUGGAACCCGGCCCUCAACGGUGACUGCCUGGGUCUCUGGUCCGGCUACUACUACUGCGUUGCCAACUUUGCGGCCGCAAGCGAUGUACCUAUGCCUCCCACAGUCACGAGCGGAGCGUCUCCCACGGCAACAGGAACCAUUAGCACCUGUGAGAAGUGGUAUAUCACCCGGGUCAACGACGACUGCGCCGCCGUCGCCGCAUGGUUCGGCACCUUCUCCGAGUCCGACUUCAUCUCCUGGAACCCGAGUGUCGGGUCAUCAUGCGCCAACAUCCAACAGGACACGUAUUACUGCGUAGGUGUUCCAGGAACGGCCACGACGCGCUCCAACGCCGUGACGACAACUGUGCCCGCGAGCAUGCCGACUCAGACGGGUGUCGUGUCUGGCUGUACUCAAUUUUGGCUUGUGUCGCCGUCCGACACGUGUGAUACCAUUAUCGAGGACAGCGGCGUCGCCAACGCCACUAUCUUUCACGCGUGGAACCCGGCCGUCGGGUCUGAUUGUGCUGGCCUGAAGGUAGACUACUACGUUUGUGUCAGUACCAGUGAGUGGGAGACCAUCGCCCCCAUCAGCACUGUUACUAUCUCGGCCGGCCAAACCAUUGUACCCAGCACGACGGUUGCCUCAAACUCGGCGUCAGCGUCUGCAUCUUCGUCUACGACAUCGUCUGCUGGCGCCUCGACGACGACCAGCACUGCCGUGACAACGCCGUCGCCGUUCAUGCCGGGUAUGGUAGACGGAUGUGUCAGGUUCUACUUCCGCAGCAGCGAUGCAGCUGCCCUGUACUGCUAUGAUAUCGCUUCAUAUGCGGGCAUCGCCCUCAGCGACUUUUACACAUGGAACCCGCAGGUCGGCACCGAUUGCACCAACCUGUGGGCUGAUACGUGGUAUUGCAUCGGCCUCUCGGGGUCGACUCCGACGACGAUCUCAUCGGGUGUGCCUACUCCGGCCUGA